AUGGCAAGAAAGUGGCAAAAGAUAGCAGCCGCCAGUAGGCGGAAGAUCUCUUGGCCACGACCAUUGGCUGAUAAGGGUCACUUUGUCGUCUACACCACUGAUGGAAGGCGGUUUAUCAUUCCUUUGGCUUACCUCAAGAACGAGAUUUUUGUAGAGCUCCUCAAAUUAGCUGAGGAAGAGUUUGGAGUGGCAAGUUUGGGGGCAAUUAUGAUGCCUUGUGAUUCGAGUUUCAUGGAGUACGCAAUUUCAAUGAUCCAGAGAUGUGUAGCUGAGGACUUGCAAAAGGCAUUGAUUGUGUCCUUAGCUGACUGCAGAUACUCAUCAUUGUCACAUGAACAUCAAGAACACACUAAUCAACACUUAUCCAUAUGUAGUUUCUAG